ACACCAUGAAGGCCUUGGACAAUUGUAAAACAAAGUUGGAAUAGAAAAGGGCAAUGUCUGCAACAACAGCCGCCCAAACUUUGUUGUCUAUUCCUUUGGAAUACAGAUCUCAAGUCUGGUGUCGAGCAAAUUUGCCCUAUCCGCCAGCACCUCAUUUACCAAUUCCUGCGGUAGUUGAUAUUCUUACGAAAGCAUCUCAAGCACUUCCUCAGAUUACGUUUUCUUGGACAUUAGUAGAUCAACCAAAUGAUGGAACGCUGUUCCUAGUCUGGCAGGCUCCAACGUUACCAUGUCCUCCAGAUGGUAUGCAUUUUAUGAGUAAUGAACGUGUUUUUAAUAUAGAGGUUACUGGAAAGGUGCUUGAGAUUCAUGAAGCGAAACAUGGCUUCUUUCCAUUGUCAGAGCCUAAAACACUUCAUUCUCGAUUUCGCUAUCGUUUGCUCGGCAUUGGGUUUGAUAAUUAUUGGCUAGUUCACUAUAUAAGGGCAUCAGAAAACGAUUCUGUACCUGCGAACAUCUCAAUUGCGAAGCCACCACAAAUACGACAAUAUCCUCUCCCUGAUAUACGAACUCCUCCCUUCUUAUUAAGGGAACAACGGACGGCAGCUGCAAAUAUCCCAGUAGGAGCACCAAUACGUGAACCGAGCGUAUCUGCAGCCGCAUCUCAAAUGCGGGCGCGUUCUCGGACUCCUUCUGUUGCAAACGCUGCAUCCUCAGUGAAUAUUCCCCCAAAUCAAGUACCUGAUGGAGCUGCUAAAACAGCGGUACCAAAUGGAAAUACAUCACCCAUUGCACCAGAGGAUCUAGAAAUUGAAAAGGGAGACAUUAUGGAUAAGUUGACGCCGCAACAAAUAUGUACGGCACGCUUUAUUCGAAAUACGGAAUGGAUGAGUCAGAUUCUAUUGACGUUACAAGCAGCAAAAGAUAUUGAACCACCCACAGUGUUCGAUACAGCAAAGUCACUUGAUGAAUUCACAGAUGAAGUGAAGGAAAAAAAAGCUCAACUAAAAAAACAAGAUGAAGAAUAUCAACGCUUGCAGGGAGAGCUUAUGUAUACGAAUACUAUUUCGGAAAAGUUGAAAGAAUGCACGAACAUGAAUAACUUGGAAGACUAUCAGAAGGUAAUAAGCUCUUUGGAAGAGUUUGCCCAAGCGAAAAUCGUUCCUUGGGAAAGGGUGCUUCGCAGGCCAUCGUCGACAUAAGCAGAAUGUACAUUAAUUAGAGAAGAGAAGAAAACAGUAAAAUACAUCGUAAGAAUAAAAUGGUUUUAUGUCGUCUUUUUUUUUAAAAA